UAACAUUUUUAUCACUUCUUAUCAUAUUUUUCAUAUAAAAAUCGCAUUUUUAAAUUGCACAUAUAUCAGUUCGAAGUUCCUCCAAAUAGCUUUCGAAUUUCCUCCCAAUCGUUUACCGAUCCCGAUGGAAAGUUGGUUCACGCAUGCGCACAUCCUGGUUAUAGUGCCUGGUUAUAGGAUAUAAAAAGUACCCUAUUCUAUACCUCCAUCACAGGGGCUGUGAGCACAUGUUAAAUUUUCUAACAAAUAUACGAAAUCAGGGUCAUAUUUCAAAGGCCUUAAACAAUUAUUUUGUAGAAUGGCAACAGCAAAACUAUCCUACAACGAGGACGGGAAAGCCAUUUUAGCACAUUUCACCAAUGGCAGAAUAGAUAAAAAGUGCACAAGACGAAUUCAUUUUGGUUACUUUGAAGGUGAUCAGAAUAACAAAAAAUUAAAGGACAGGAAGAUGUUGGUUGCGGAGACCACUGACAUGUCUUACGUUGGCCAAAAUUAUGGUCCCCUAGCCAGCACAAUGCAGCAAAGUUGCAAAUAUUAUGUGGGUGUGUUAGAUAAAACAACAGGGAAAAUGAAAAUCUGUGAUGCAGAAAUCUUCCAGAUGCACCCAAAACCUUCAGAUAUUGAUGAUGAAGUGGAAACAUUCUCCCUCCCGUCAACUGUCACAGAAAAAACCUUUGUAGAGAAGAAUGAUAUGCUGACUAGUGCCUUUGGAAGCAAGAAGAAACAGAGGGCCCUGGAGUCUCGGCUGAAGAACCAGAUCAAGGGGAAGGCCCUGGACAAAGCCAUGAGUUCCGUGCUCAGUCAGGCCUCUAGCAUCGAGCCCGUGCAAUUGACAGAUUCCAAUACAGAAUAUUCCAUUACCCCUCCCAUUAACCAGAAGGCAACAACACCAGGGGAGGUCUACGAUAUCAACUACAUUGUUCACCCCAAUGAGAAGCAGGCUACAGCAGAGGCCUCGGGAGUGUUCUUUGAUGCUACAUUAGACACCAUCCAACAGUGGAGAAAGGAAAAUAAGUAUCCUAAACAGAUAUUGUCCUUAUUAUCAAGAAUGCCAAAGACAGAAGAGCGCCGAUCAGAACGAGCAACUUAUAUAAUGUACCUGUACUACUUGAUACACCUACACAACCUAAAGCAAAAACAGCUCAGGGAUAAAGAUCCCCUCCCCACUGACUGGCCAGAUCAUGUCCGGUUCCAUCUCCUGAAGAGAUUUACACAGACAAUCAGUGGGACCAGCAAACAGAGAAUCAUGCCUGCCAGACUAAAAGAUAAACUAGUGUGUCACAUACUGGUCCUCUGUCUGUUUUUGGAGGAAUUUUCAUUGGAGCUGACAAACCUUCAGACUGAUCUCAGCAAAUCUCAUGAAAUACUGUACAAACAUUGUCAGAUUCUUGGCUGUUCAACAAAAGUCAAGAAGGUGACGACAGAAGAGGGCAGUACCUCAGUCCGAUGGGCGACCCUCUCCCUCCCCCUCCAACUACCCACCCAGGAGCGGCGGAAGAGGAAGCACUAGUCUCCAUACAUACAGUGUGACCUAGGGGGUGGGGGAGGAGGAGUCUUCAUACACAGAAGUUGAUGCUGGUGUCACUGUGUGUGGGGAGGUGGAUAGGUUGUUGAUUGUUAACAUUUUACAGACAUAAAAAGGGGGAAGGUAGACUAGGGCUUACCUUCUUUGAUAUCUCUUCAGCCUCAAGCAAGGAGAAGAAAACAUCAGAGCUUGCCAAUAAAAUUUAUAUACUAACAGUACAUUGCAUAUUAAGUUGUGUUUUUUCUAAUUUUAUUUUCGGAUAUAAAUUUGUAACUGAUACUGUUACACAAAGACAAGUUGAUGGUGAUAAAUACAAGGUAUAAAGCUGUUUAAAAUGAAGAAGGAAUGU